GGAAUAAAUGUCGGUUUGCUUUUGUUAAGGGCGAUACUCACGCUAGUGUAAAAAGUAUUUUUAGGGCAAAUUAUGUGCUUUUUUUCGGCAUUUAGGUAGGUUAAAUGAAGUGAAAUCAAGUUGAAGCGGAAAAACCAUUUGUCAUACAAACAAGGAGCCGUCGGAGGGAUUUCACUGAGACACACAGGAAACAUUACAGUUUCUGGAAGAGGAGUGAAUAUCUAGUUUCCUCACAACAAUACCGCAUUAUAUUAUAAUUAUCGUAUAUUAAACCAUAGAUUCAGCUAAGAUAUAAUCAUACUACUCUAGUUUAUUUGAUAAAAACAAGUCAAGUCAACAAAGAUGCUGAUUAAAGUGAAGACUCUCACAGGCAAAGAGAUAGAGAUUGAUAUAGAGCCCACAGAUAAGGUGGAGAGGAUUAAAGAAAGGGUGGAGGAGAAAGAAGGGAUCCCUCCGCAGCAGCAGAGGUUGAUCUACAGUGGGAAACAGAUGAACGAUGAGAAAACAGCGGCAGACUAUAAAAUCCAGGGAGGCUCUGUUCUCCAUCUGGUACUUGCCCUGCGAGGAGGACAGGCGCUCCGCUCUCCCAGAAGCCUUUGCUCCAAGCCUGCGUUGUAGCCGUCGCUUGGAAACAUGCCUUAGCUUUUUGGCGAUGCCUACACUAAGCAGAUACACGGAAGUCACACGGCCACGUGUUGCGGAAUCACCUGGCGGCAUCGUAGGCGAUACAGAGCCAUCGGUAGGAAGAGUUAGAUCAGGUUCUACUUGUGGGCAGCCACUUUCCCUGCAGCCAAAAAUGUGUUGGCUGCAAACACCUCCCACACUGUAACAUUAUCGUGGCGAGACACUCCCAUGUGUUUAAAGCUGGCAGAAAAGUUACUUUCAGAAUUAAACAAAGCUUUGGCUAAAGAUUUACAACCCCAGAGCUAAUUUGAUUGCUACAGUGUUCAUGUCAUUCUCUGUCUCUCUGCAUGUAAGCACCUAUCUUUGUUCCACUGAUGAUUAAAACAGAGAUAGUUUAAAGAUGCUUCAGGGAAACCCAUCCCUGGAUUGCAAUCUUUGCCUUCAGAGUGUGACACAAACUACGGUUUACUUUGUUUCUGCUUCAUCCAUGUUUUAAUGUGUUCUCUGCAAGUUGCCUCACUUAGUAUAAUUAUCCGAGGCCACAGGGUGUAUCCGCAUAUCAGAAGUUGUUUUAUCUUGUGAAGCACCCAGCAGCAUAGUUAAAGGAAUAGUUUGACGUUUUAGAAAAAACAUUAUUGGUAUCAAUCUACUGUAACUCUAAAUGUCAAACUAUUCCUAUAAGGGAAAGAGAGAAGUAAAGGACAUGUUUUGUGUCUCCCGCCACUAAUUCUAAAUCAUGUAGCACAGAGUUUGCUUGACACCUGCUUCAUAAGUAGACUCCCCUUUUAGUAGGAUAAUGUUUUCUAUAAUUUCAUAUGAUUUUAAUUUAGGAGCAAAUUCGUUUUUUUGUGCUGAUCGCACAUUUCUCUGUUGUAAAAAGUCACAUAAUGUGCCAUCUAUUGUCUGACAAUGGCCUCAGUUUACAUGGAUAUUGUUAGGUUUGUUUGUGCGUUUGCUGUGUCAGCACCAUGUUUCCCCUCCACCCCCUCGAUGUGUACAGAAUCGUGUGACAUGGACCUACGCUGUGGAUCAGUUUGUCAGUAGAAUAAACGUAUGUUAAUGCUGAA